UUGCAGGCUGCCGAAUCGAGCUUCGCGGAGAUUUGUGCUCUAGUGCAACGAAGGCAGGCUGAGGUAAUUCAGCAUAUUCAUCGCAAAAAUGAGGAAAAACGCCGUGCUCUUGAGGAUCAGCUCGCUCUAAUUGAAUCCGAACGCAGUCUUGUCCGCGAACAGUGCGAUCAACUUAACAGUUUGAUCGACGUCCGAUCAAUCUCCAAGGCCAUUAGUUAUCUCAACGACAAGUUAGACACAAUCGCGAGUUUGACCGAACCCCGAGAGAAUGCCUUUCUGCGUUAUGAGGAUGAUCCCCAUGUCGCUUCUGAUGCACCCGCAAGAUCUGACCCCUCCACAGCAACAUCCAACAACCCACAACCUGGGUCAGCCGGAUUUGUGGAUAUAGCGCGGUGCCUGGCUGCUUUUGGCCGGAUCACUCAUGAUGGAUUUCAAUUCAUAGGUCCAGACAACCGAAGUCUCGUUCAACCCUUUGCUGUUGCAGUGUUGCAGUCGGAGAUUACUGCCGACACAGAUGAUCUUAACACCUCCGGUGUUAGCGUUUUACUCCUAGACACUGGCAACAGUCGCCUCCUUGUUGCUGAUGCUGAGACCGGAGAAAUCAAGUCUGUUCUCACCGGUAAUGACGCCCUUAAAGGCCAAGCAGCCACUGGCAUGACUCUCUGUCCUCAAGGCCUUUGGAUCGUCAAUUGGCGUGCUAAUGAGCUUAUGCUACUCAAUCUCUGCACCAAUGAGGUGGGUUGUGCACACUAUUACCUAAAUAGUUUCCAUUUCUUUGCGAUUAUUGAUCAAAUAAGGAGUCCUCUAUUCAUGGAACCUACUAGUGUUUGCUAUUGUCCCCAUACUGGUCGAGUUCUAGUGGCAGACAAUGGAGCAGGUUGCGUCUUUGCUUGUCAAAACGGUGAAGUUCAUCCAAUUAUCGGAGGUGGUGGUUUAUCGGCUCAGGGGACUGCGAAUCUCUCGGGAAGUAUGCGCGGAACUCGGAAGUUUGAGAGAUAUGUCAAUGAUGCGUUGCGAAGAGUCACGGGAAUCUGCGUCAUGUCCUCAGGAGAGAUUGUGCUUGCUGCGGGAUCUGAGUUGAGAAUCUACUCCUCCAAAGGAACCUUCAUGGGGACCUUGUACGCCCCCCUGAGUAGUGCAUCUCUUGGUAUACAACUCCAGCCGAAUCUACAACCCUCAAAUUCAACUCGUAUUGGGAUUGACGCGGAAGGAACGUGCCUUCCUUCUGCCCUUACUCAAACUUCUACUCCACAUCGAAGUGUCUCUUGUCUUGCAGGAAACAGUUCUGACAACGGAGGCCUUUCUUCUACUCCUGGGAGUACACUGACUCUUAGUUCACUGCGACAUUCUGUUGGCAGUUCUCUCAUUCGACCCGUUUCCUCAAUGAGUGGUGCAAGCACCACGUCCAGUUCCUCCCUUCGAGGUCUCUUUGGUGGUGUUUCAUCAACUCAAACAUCCACCGACCUUGGUGAAUGUCUUUUGGCAACCCACACUGACCGAUCGCGAUCAUGUGUAAUUGUUUUCCCAGAAUGUGCUUGGCGUGGUGCUAUUACAGAGCCGGUGGAAAAUGACGAAGAUGGUGUUGACAAUAGUGACCUUGACAACGGUAGUAGUGGGGAAGAACUUGGUGCUAGUCUUAUGCGGCAGAUUAGAAAACAAGCUUACGCUCUGGAGGUCGAACCUGGACUUCGGCGGCUUGCUGGCCUUGCUGCAUUGCCCCAAGAUACGUCCUCCUCAUCCUUUUCUCACCCCCGCCUAGUGGCUGUAGAUUUGGGUGGUCAAUCAGUACAUUGUCUACGAUUUGUGUGA